AUGGCGGGAGAUUCCAGAAUUCUAAUGGAUCACAACAUGGAGAUAGGUGUCACACCUGCACAGGUAACAAAGCUUCCUAAACACUUGCGGGAGGCACAGAUCUCGACAGAACGAACUCACUUGAUAUCUGACCCUGCCAAGAAGCCUCGUCAGCGAUACGUGCAAAAGGACGGCAAGUGUAACGUUCAUCAUGGAAACGUGCAAGAGACCUACCGUUACCUCAGUGACUUGUUCACAACACUAGUCGACCUCCGCUGGCGUCUUAGUCUCUUUAUUUUCACUCUGGUCUAUGUCAUCAACUGGCUUUUCUUUGGCUUUCUAUGGUGGCUGAUUGCGCUCAUCCGUGGGGAUCUUUUGCAUUCAGAUGAAGAGGGCUGGACCCCCUGUGUGGAGAACCUGAACAGUUUUGUCUCGGCCUUCCUUUUCUCCAUUGAAACAGAGACCACAAUUGGGUAUGGCUAUCGUGUCAUCACGGAAAAAUGCCCAGAAGGCAUAAUACUACUUUUGGUCCAGGCCAUACUAGGCUCCAUUGUAAAUGCCAUGAUGGUUGGCUGCAUGUUUGUCAAGAUCUCACAGCCAAAGAACCGCGCCGAGACCCUCAUGUUCUCACACAAAGCUGUCAUAUCGGUGCGAGAUAACAAGAUGUGCCUGAUGUUUCGGGUGGGGGACCUGAGGAAUUCUCACAUUGUGGAGGCCUCGAUACGAGCAAAGCUUAUCCGCUCUCAGCAGACAAAGGAGGGGGAGUUCAUCCCUCUCAACCAAACUGACAUAAACAUCGGCUUUGACACGGGAGAUGACCGCCUGUUCCUGGUGUCGCCACUCAUCAUCUCGCACGAGAUCAACGAGAAGAGCCCCUUUUGGGAGAUGUCCAUGGCACAAAUGGAGAAAGAGGAAUUUGAGAUCGUUGUCAUCCUUGAGGGCAUGGUGGAGGCCACAGGGAUGACGUGUCAAGCAAGGAGUUCCUAUCUGGACACAGAGGUGCUUUGGGGCUAUCGUUUUACACCAGUUCUCUCUUUGGAGAAGGGCUUCUACGAAGUCGACUACAACAACUUCCAUGAGGUCUACGAGACCAAUACCCCUUCAUGCAGCGCUAAGGAAAUGGCAGCAAAGCUUCGAGAUGGGCCGCUAUUGCCUCAACUGUCACUUCUGAGCCCUGAACCAAAAAGUCAUACUUUUGGCCUGUCUGACUUGGACCCAUUAGGCCAGAAUGAGGACAAGGAGGAGAGAGAGUCAGGAGAUGAUAAGGGAGAGACUAAUGGUUCAGCAGCUACUUUGGAGGAGAUGCCCUUUGCUGAUGGACUGACUGGCUGA